AUGCGUUUGCGCAACCACCCACCCGAACUGUUUCGGCAUGCCUUUAACGCUAAGCAAACAUUAAUUGAUCUGUCGACUCGUUUCAAAUGUAGAUCCUUUCCAAGUGCGCUUACAAAAGCGAAGGGGCCAUACGUUCUAGCACAGUCUACCUUCGGGUCUUUUAAGAAACACACAAAAAGAAACAUUAGAUUUUUCGUUGAACGUAUAACCGAUUCAUUAAGAAACAAACCAUUUUAUAAUAGAACAAUGAUAUCGAAGUUAUUAGUGGUAUUGGUAUUGUGUUGGGGUGUUGAAAGUUUUCCGGACGGGGCGCCGGUUGAUGCGUGCGUGAAGAAUCGACCUAAUCAACCAAACCAUGGACAACAUAGGACACAGCCUUUGAGCACUUUGCCAUACAGAGUGCAAGCUUCCUCAGCGACUUACGGACCAAAUUCUGCUAUUACAGUGACAAUUGAAGGUGCCGAACCUUUCAAGGGUUUCUUUAUUCAGGCCCGUUCAGUGGACACGGACGAGUGGCUUGGCUCAUGGGAGGAGGCUCCUAAUACCACUAUACAUCCAGAAUGCUCCUCAGUUACCCACGCAGAUCCCAGGGAUAAGAGUAGAGCGACAUUCGUUUGGCGAGCACCUGCCAAUUCACAGGGACGCGUCUACUUUACAGGAACAGUUCUAAAGAAUUAUGGAACAUUCUGGGCCAACAUAAUCGCUGAAGCACCACAGGACCCUGCACAGUUACAACUACUUGGUUGA